AUGGCCUCCAGUUUCAUCCCCUCCUCUUUGCUGCCGUCAUGGUGGGAGUGCCGCGCAGCAAAGGAUGUCGUACAUGCCUACGACGACGAGUCAAGUGUGAUGAAACACGACCUGCAUGCCAACGCUGCGAAACACGAGGUCAACAGUGUCCCGGUUAUGAGAAAGCCCCGAAAUUUCGCCAUUACUCUGCUCCCAGUGGACAUAGCAAUGCCAAAGCUCAGCCAGUCGUAA